GAACAGAUGAGGGUCUUCACUCUUGCGCCCUUGGCACUGCUGCCGCUGGUUUUGGCCAGGCCCUCCCAGCGGUCAUCCUCUCCCCAGAAGCCCAUCAUGGCUGAUAACGGGGAUCUCGUUAUGAUACCCGAGGGGCAUGAAAAGAGCAAUUUGGAUGAAAUUAUUGCUAGCUCCAAGCUGCUCUCCCUGCACCGAUCACUCUCGCAGAUCGAAUCCAUCUCCAACAACGAAGGGAGCGUGGGAGAUUUCUUAGUUGAAUAUCUCGAAAGACAUGGCUUUACCGUACAAAAGCAGGCUGUUCCCCUUGACGGACACGAAGUCGACGAGGAAGAAAGGAAGCCGUCAAGAUUUAAUGUCUACGCGUAUCCUGCCUCCUCGCCGUCCCCGGAAAUUAUUCUCACGAGCCACAUUGACACCGUGCCUCCUUACAUACCCUACUCGCUCUCACUCCCUCCAACCGCCUCCACAGGUUCAUCGUCAAUCGACCGCAGGGCCAUCCACAUCUCCGGCCGCGGUACCGUCGAUGCCAAAGCAAGCGUAGCAUGCCAGAUCAUCGCGACGCUAUCGCACCUCGAAUCCAACCCUGACACUCCCCUUGGCCUGCUCUUCGUCGUUAGCGAAGAGACGGGUGGCCAGGGUAUGCACCACUUUUCAAACUCACCACUCAACACCUCCCCACCCACCUUCCACACAGUAAUCUUCGGCGAGCCGACCGAAAGCAAGCUCGUCUCAGGCCACAAGGGCAUGCUGCACUUCGACGUGCACGUGCGCGGAAAGCCUGCGCACUCUGGAUAUCCGUGGCUCGGACGCAGCGCCGUCUCAGAGAUUCUCCCCAUCCUCUCCAAGGUCGAUAGCCUGGGCGACAUCCCCGAGUCCGAGGGUGGAUUACCCUCGAGCGAGAAAUACGGCAAGACGACGCUGAACAUCGGCGUCAUGGAAGGCGGGGUCGCCACGAACGUGGUUCCUGCCAGUGCUUCUGCAAGGGUUGCCGUGCGGCUAGCCGGUGGGACUGUGACUCACGCCAAAGAAACCAUCCUUGCUGCCGUGCGUUCCGCGUCUAAAAACCCCGAGGAUGUACAUGUUAGUUUCUCCGCUGGCGGAGCAUAUCCACCUGUCGACCUAGAUUCGGAUGUCGAAGGAUUCGAUGUGAUGACGGUCAACUAUGGGACUGAUGUGCCGAAUUGGGACAUUCAUGAUCACGAUCUGCCGGACCAUGGGAAGGUGAAGCGGUAUUUGUACGGUCCGGGUAGUAUCUUCGUGGCGCAUGGAGAGAACGAAGGAUUGAGUGUGGGAGAUAUGGAGGAUGCCGUCGAGGGAUAUGCGAGACUGAUUCGAGCCGCUGUCGGGAGAAGCGAACGGAAAUGA